AUGGCGUCGCAAAGCCCCCCCGCUUUGCCGGUAAGGCCGCUUGCUUCGCCGGGUAGCGGUCAUAUUGAGCCUGUUUGGCUAGACGUUUCCACGGUUGAGGAGGUCAUCGAAUACAUCAUCAGCGCUCGCCACCGCGGCAGCGAGUCGAUUCUUAGCUUCCAGUGGCAGGCAGACAGACUCGACCAUCUUUUUGAACAACUGGACACCCGACUGAUCGCACUCGACGAAAGAAAAAUCCGCCGAUUCGAGUACGACUACGAAUCUAGUACCGUACAUAUCGACAUCAUGGGCGAAUCCGAGCUCCAUUAUCAGGUUCAAGCUGGCCUUCGAGACUACAUCAAAAACCGUCUUGCAGAGCGUAUUGCCACCACGGAUGAUCCCACGAUUCGCCGCCUAAUGCAGUCUGUCGAAGAGAGGGGUACCUUUAACAUUCUAUACGAAAGGAAGAUCCAUAAACAAGCCGAUGUUUCGCUCGGCCAGGCGGGCGCCCUGCCAUCUUUGGUUUGCGAGGUCUCGUAG